GGAAAAAUGGAGGUUUCAUGAUGAUAUGUUGGGAGUUACUUUUUUGUGUUUUGCGUGGGAAGAAUGUCACGCCUUGCUGACUACUUUGUUGUAGUCGGCUUCGAUCACGAUAAAGAACGUGGUGGUCUCAGCUCUGGCAAAGUUCUUCAAAGAUUUCCAGAAAAAGAUUGGGAUGAUACUCCAUUUAUUGAUGGUAUUGAAUUGUUUUGCCAACCACAAGGCUGGACUCUGUCCACUGUACGCCAACAGCCAACAUUCUUUGUAUCAGUACUCACUGAUAUCGAUGCAAAUAGGCAUUAUUGUGCAUGUUUAUCGUUCAAUGAACCUGUUGCUAUUACACCCAGUAAACCUCCUGAUGAAGAAGGUGAGGAGGAAACAGUGGAGCCCACUGGGGGGUUGGUACAGCAUCAUUCCAUUAUGUAUGCCCCCAAGUGCUUGGUCUUGGUAUCCAGGCUAGAUUACUUUUCUAUAUUUCGUAAUUGUUUAGGCAUCAUCUAUACUGUGUACAUAGAUAACAUUGCUGUACAGAUGGAGACGCUGAUUGGAAAUAUAUUAGGUUCUGUUCAAGUGCCCCUUCCAGGUGGACCACAAGUUAGAUUUUCAAUAGGAGCUGGAGAUAGGCAAGCUCUUCAGCCGCCUUUAAGUGCUACUCUUCCUGUUACUGGCACUACUGUAUUUCAAUUAUUUGAAGAACUGGGUAUACACAAUGUAGUAAUGCUGUUUUGUGCAGCAAUGACCGAGCAUAAAAUACUUUUCCAUUCCAGUAGCUAUUCUCGCCUUACAGAUGCUUGCCAUGCUGUCACUGCCUUGAUGUAUCCCUUCAAAUAUAGUCAUGUAUAUAUACCUUUGUUGCCGUCAGCUUUAAUAGAAGUAUUGAGCACACCAACUCCUUUCAUUAUGGGUGUUCAUUCUUCAUUAAAAGGUGAAGUUUUAGAUUUGUUAGAUGUGCUUGUUAUUGAUCUGGAUGGUGGAUCCCUUGUAGUUCCUGAUUGCAUUAACGUUUCAAAGCUUCCUGAACCUUUGAGUUCCCAACUAUAUUCUCAUUUAUGUGGGGUUUUACGCCCUGAGCUCAGAACUGCCGAUGAUGCAUUUCCCCCUUCACAAGCCAAACCUUCGCAACCACACAUGCUUGAUAAAGAAAUUCGAGCUAUUUUUCUUCGUGCAUUUGCCCAGUUACUUCAAGGUUAUCGUUCAUGUCUUACAAUCAUUCGCAUUCAUCCUAAACCUUUUAUUGCAUUUCACAAGGCAGCAUUUCUGGGACAACAAACAUUUUCUGAUUGUGACUUUCUGAUUAAAGUUCUAGACUGCAUGUUCUUUAACACAUUUGUUUCUGAAAGAGGUCCUCCCUAUCGAGUCUGUGAUAUUUUUGAUGAGAUAUAUGCAACUAUGCAAGAUGCAUUAAAGGCUGAAAUUAAGAAUUCUUCAUCAGUUCUACAACAUAUCCAAGAGUUAGCUCAACAACUUUAUCUGAAUGAAAACCCAAAUCCUCAACCAUAUGUACAGAAAAUUCCAAAACCUACGGAAGGAGCUUUUACACGAAUUCAUCAACCUACUUUUUCAGUCAUCUGUUCAAAAUUGGUCCAAAGCAUCAUUGAUGAGGGAAUGUCAAAACAGUCACUCAGGGCAAAACUCUCUGCAAUUAAGCCUCAGCAGCCAAGGAUAGUGCCUGUUGGACCUCAAAUUCCUUCUUGGCUUGAUAAUCGAGGCUUAGUCACAAAUAGUGCUCGUCGACUUGAAGUUCUACGAAACUGUGUUAAUUGUAUAUUUGAAAACAAAAUUUCAGAUGCUAGGAAGACAUUUCCAGCAGUUCUUAGAGCUUUGAAAAAUAAAACUGCUCGUUUGGCUCUAACUCAGGAACUUGCUCUGCAUGUAACUGGAAAUAAAGCAAUGCUAGAACAUCAGCAGUUUGAUUUAGUUGUUAGACUCAUGAAUUGUGCUUUGCAGGAUGAUUCUUCGAUGGAUGAAUAUGGUGUAGCUGCUGCUAUCUUACCUUUGGCUAUGGCAUUUUGCAGAAAGUUAUGCACUGGUGUUAUACAGUUUGCUUAUACUUGUAUUCAAGAGCACCUUGUUUGGCAGAAUCAGCAGUUUUGGGAGGCAGCAUUUUACCAAGAUGUUCAAAGAGAUAUACGUGCUUUAUAUGUUCCCCAGCGUUCACUAGUGGGGGAAAGAGAGACAACUCUUUCACCUAUUAGUCCAAGAGAGAACAAGGAUAUCAGCAUUGCCUGGAAUCGAGGAGAAAACAGGAACUAUAAUGCUUAUAGCAAUGGAUCUUCUAACCUGGGUAGACAACCUGAACCAAGUGCCUUGGAAAUUGCUGCUGAACAAAUGCGAGUAUGGUCGAAUUUAAGCAGAGAACAACAGAAGGAACUGAUGAACAAUGAAGAAUCUACUGUGUAUAGCCAAGCUAUUCAUUAUGCGAAUAGAAUAGUUGCGUUACGUGUGCCAUUGGAUGUGAGUAAAAGUGCCAAAAGUACAAAUGAUCUUGAAAGAGAGAGUAACAGCAACAGUAAUGUAACUAAUAGCGUGGCUGAAACUGAUAGUGCCGAUGCUGAAAGUGGAUUUGAGGAAGACAAUUCUGAAGUAGGGGCAAAUGUAAUAAAAUUUGUAUCCAGAUUUGUUGACAAAGUUUGCACUGAUAGUGGUGUCACUGAGACUCAUAUAAAAGCUCUUCAUCAAAUGAUUCCUGGUGUUGUUGCUAUGCAGAUGGAAACUUUGGAAGCUGUUCAUAAGGAGAGUAAGCGUCUCCCACCUAUUACUAAGUUUAACUAUGUUGUUUAA